AGCAUGAAGCCGAAGAGCUUCUAGGGCUGAGCGAGAAGCGGGUCAUGUCCCGCAUGCCAGGCGCGAAAGUUGCAGGUGUGGCAGCGAUGGUGAUGAGCUUGGCCGCGUGCGCGGCCAUCGGAUUCACGUCAGGUCAGCAAUCCGCAGGCGCAGGCAAGGCAUUCCUGGGUUUGUCGAGCGUGAGCUCCGCAAGUUGUGUGACUCCAGAGCCUGUGGAUUGUACACUGCCUGAAGAGGCGAAGAAGUCCUUGGUCUUUAUCUCCAGCACCGCUCUGGAGACGCCCGAGGCACUGAAGACUUGGAAAACCUUGGUGGGCAAACUGCCGAAGCCCACCGACCGCGCGCUGGACGCCCAACCUUUGGCUGGGUUGAAGAUCUUGCUGCUGGAGGAUGCCGGUAUUCUGAAGGCUGACUUCUGGGACAAAGCGAGUGAAAAUCACAACAAUCCCAGAGCCAUGAACUACGAGAAGGUCAAGUCCUCUUCUGGCUUGAAUUUUGCUCCCUCUGAUGUAGAAGCUUGGACGGAUGGCUUCCAGCACUUGGAUGGGAGCUUUUCCUAUGACAAUUCUGGGGCAGACGGUCUGGGCGGCAUUGGCUUGGAUGAUGGAGCUUUUACAAAGGUCUCAAUCUUCGGCUUGUGCGCCAGCAAAGAGCAGGCCAAAGCACUUUUCGAGCUCCAGUCUAAGAAGAUCCAUCCUCAGGUGGUCAUGAAGGUGAAGGAUACAAAUCCUUGCAUCAAGAAGUUUGAGAAGAUACUCUAUGGCUCCAGCAUUAUUUUUGCGAAUGGAGGCAAUCCUGACAUGUUGGGCUUUGUGCUAAAGAAGUUCGCCCCUCAGCUUGCAGAACUGAUUCAGAAGCGUGUCCAGGAAGGCACUCUGCUCUACAUGGGCCGGAGUGCAGGUGGAAUGGUGGGCGGCUCAGACUUCGCAUUGACGUAUGAGCCCUCACCAGUCCUCACCACCACACUGCUGGGGAAGGACACCACUGGCCUUGCCUUAGCUGGCAAGUGUGCCUUGCGGCCCCACAUCAAGAAUCAUCUCUGGGACAUUCCGAGCAAGGUCGGCCUCGAGUGUUGCGUGGAUUCUGCGGAUGGUUCUUCUGUUCAGGGUCAAGAACACCAGGAAAAAGGAAAGAAGUAUCAGAGAUGCGUGUCUCACUUCUUCUUUUGGGAUGCCCCAAAGUUCAGGGUGUUCACUGACUUCAUGAUUUUUCUAGGCAGCCUACAGGCCUACAGAUUCGCCAAGUGGGGCUCGACACACCAAUGCUUCUGCUGAAGGUCUAUUCCACUGCCACGGGGGAGAAGGUCAUUCUGGCCGCCAAUGGGGAGGGCCUCUUCUGUGACCAGGGCUGCUGUGGCAUGACCGGGAAGACGGAGCUCACCGAUGCCAACGCGGUGCAGAACGCCGGGAUGUCGGCCACGCGCCUCGCGAAGGCCUACCGGCAGGCUUAUCGGAGCUAUGAGCCGGACCGGU